AUGGCAUCUUAUUGGCAGUUCUGCUUCAUCAUUCUCUUGUGCGGAAAAGUACAGUGGAGACACGAUGACAUCCAGGUUGCUUCUGAAUCGUGCACUUCUACGAGUAGCUGUACAACUACAAUUCCCAAUCCAACAAAGUACAAGUUAAUGGGAGAUGACCGCAGCACAUCGCUUACAAUAAUCAAUUUGACGGCUGUUGACAAUGGGAGAUACACAUGCGAUUUUCUAAACAAAAGUGGAUUAUGGUCGGCUGAUGAGACAAUACAAGUACUAAAUCCAGCUCCGCCGUCGCAGGUCUCCAUUGAAAAUGCACAAUCAGGCAGCCCGAUUUCGAACUCCGCAACUAUAAUAGUAACUUCUGGAGAACCGUAUAACAUUACAUGCAAUACUUACCAGGCAAGACCUCCCGCAGUACUGACUUGGCUUAUACCAGAUGAUGUGAUCUUUUAUGUCCACGGUCAGUCUGAUACAAUUCAAGGGAACAAGUAUGUGUCAAGGAAAACAGCUGCCAUCACACCCUCUACGAAUGACCAAGGAAAGGUUCUGCGCUGUGAAGCAUCACAUCCCAAACUAGUCACCAACUUGCAAAGUUCAGUGUACCUGAGUGUUCAUGUUCUACCGUCGAGCAUGACCCUCUUUCAAAGUGGAAUUGACAAGGACAACGAUUUUGGACAAGCAGCCAUUUACGUUCAAGAGGAUUUUCCCUCGUCAAUAACCUGCAAAUGCAUUGGAUCAUUCCCAGCAGUUGAAUUUUUAUGGAAACUUGGUAGUUCUACCAUUCUUCGAGAUAAUAUUAGUCUUCAAAAACAAAAUAAUGCGUUAGACAACACUUUGUUCGACACUAAAAGUAUCAUCGCAUUUAUUCCAGAGAGAAAGCACCACGGAAAAUUCAUCCAAUGCUUUGCAAGCUUAGGAAGCUAUUCGAAACGGAGGUUUGCCAAAGUCCUGGUUAAAGGUACACCUGACAGUAUACAAAUUGCUUUCCUUGGAGAUGCUACGCUGGAGGACGGAAUAGAAACCAACGUAACCUGCAGGGCACUAAACGGAUACCCUGCUCCAUUAAUUCAUUGGUACAUUGGAUCGAGAAACAUCACGAAAGACUCAUCUCUUCAGAAUACAGUCAAUGCUGUUGACCGAUACGAUGCUGAAAGCAUUCUGAUAUUAGUUCCAAAUUGGCAUGAUCAUGGGAAGCGUCUUCUUUGCCAGGCAGUUCAAACUACGGCAAUUUCAAGCAUGUCAAUAAACGAAAGCCUCAUCUUGUACAUAUCAUACUCGCCCAUGGUCUCCAUUAGUGCUCGACGUCUUACUUCACUGAAGUCAAAUACAGCAAGUAUGGCUAUGGAAUUCGUGCUGACAUGUAGAGCAGAUUCCAAUCCAUCUGCCGUUGUCUUUGAAUGGUUCAGUGAUGAAGCUAUUGUUUUCAAUGACACCAGUAACAUGAAACUCCACGAGAAUAACCCAGAACAAACAGAAAGAGAGACCGUAACUACUAGUGACCUGAUGAUUCGAAGCCGACCCUCUGAACAUCCAUCUAUUUACAGUUGCACUGCUAUAUCCAGAUAUGGGUUAGGAUCAGCAGUUUUCAAUUCCUCGUUAUUUCGUAAGUUGAACCGUGAUUGUAUUUUGAUUUUGGAUAUUUUGUUUUCUAAAGUAUUAAUGAUUGAAUGAUUAUAAGAACUAUAUAAGUUGGUUUAAAAUACAUACAGGCUGUCACCAAUGGGUGAUAUUUCCUCACAUUUAAUGAAAAUAGUAAAUAAAAAACAUAAUGAAUUAUGGUUAAAGAAAAUAAUAAUUUUUGUGAUAUUAAACUGUUACUCUAUCAUUUGAUUGUUUUUUGUGUACGCCUUUUCACAUAGUUAUCCCAGAUCCACCUGCCUGGCUCAUCGUUGAUCAAAACCAGACAAGAUAUUCAUCUAUUGUCGUUGCCUGGCAACCAGGAUAUACAAUCGGAUUACGGAAAUAUUGCUCAAACUGAAUCGAACAAAAAAACUUCUAAGAAUGCAGGGAAUCAGAUGAAUAAACGUAUUAUAUGUAUAAUGCAUGAAUGUGUGCAUAAAAGGCCCGAAACUAUAUUCACAUUUUUAUUGUAUUUCGAUAUUUUACUUCCGUGACGGAAAAGCAAAAGCUUUACCUAUGCAUUAAAAAUGUUACAUGUGUAUUACAAUAAAUAUUUGUUAUAAUAAAUCAUAAUGUCUACCAACGACUAGAUAACUGUUUCCCCGGAUUGAUUUUUUUCCCGCGGCUUUUGCAUCGGGGUACUUAGUGUAAUUAUCAUUAUUUAUUGUAUAUUUUCAGUGUACAUUUUAACUCGGUGGCCCCUUUUUAUAAGCUCCGCUUUUUCCGGGGUCACGAAACCUUCAUUCAAUUGUUAUAUUUGUAUGCAUUUAUGUAAUUGUUUGUACCUGAUGAUGGUUGAAUAAAUAAAUUGAAUU